AUGUAUAUAGCAAACUCAAGAGUAGGUAAUGAUGAAGGUAUUGGUAAAAAAACUUGUAAUGAUACAAGUGUUAUUGACUAUUUAUUAUUGUCAUCUAAUUUAUUUCCAGUUGUUAAAGAGUUCGAUAUUAUGGAAUUUGAUCCAUUGGUCUCAGAUGUUCAUUGUCAAUUACAUGUAGUUAUUCAAGCUCCAGUGAUUUUAUAUAAUAGUAAUGACGAACUAUCACAAUUUUGUAGUGAAAAAUAUGUCAAGUGGAGAAAAGAAAAGUGUUCAGAAUUUUUAGAUAAUGUUAAAAGUGAUCAUGAUUGUCAGUUAGAACAACUACUGUUAGAAUUAGAUAAUUUAGAGGUACAACAAGGGAUUCAUCAAAAUGAGAUGAACAAAGUUGUAGAGAGAAUUAGUAACUUUUUUCAAUCAGUUGCUACAAAAACUUUUGGUAAAUACAAGCCGUUUAAAAAUCGCAAACCAAAAAGCGACAAUAAACCUUGGUUUAACAAGCAAUGUUUUGAUACUAGAAAAAAAUUUCACAAAGCGCGGAAAAGGUACAGUUUUAUAAAAAAUGCUGAUAAUCGAAAACAUAUGAAAAAUGCAAGCAAAAGCUAUAAAAUUGAAAUUUCUAAAGCAAAUGAACUGUACCAAAGAAAUAUUGGAAAUAAAUUACGCCAGACCAAAAAAUCAGAUAGUAAAAAGUUUUGGAACAUUUUGAAUAGUAUUGGGUCAAAUAAAAAAAAAGGCGCAGACCCUGAAAUUUCGAUUGAAGCUCUCUAUGACUAUUUCAAAGAUAUGAAUAGAUGUGACUCAAAUACUGAGGAACCAGAAGUUAAUUUUGAUGUACAUAAUUUAUCAGAUGAAUUGUAUAACUUAUUGAAUGGUACUGUAACCGAAGAUGAGAUUUUAAAAAGUGUAAAAAACUUAAAAAAUGAUAAAGCUAGUGGAUGUGACAAAAUAAUGAAUGAAUAUAUAAAAUGUACUGUAUAUGAUCUUAUGCCAAUGUAUGUUAAACUUUUUAAUUUAGUAUUAGAUACAGGAAUAGUUCCAGAGUUAUGGUCUCUUGGUAUUAUGAUUCCUAUUUUUAAGAAUAAAGGUUCAAAAGCAGACCCUGCAAAUUAUAGAGGUGUAACAUUAAACUCUUGUUUAGGAAAGACUUUUUCAUCAAUAAUAAAUGAGAGAUUAAAUAGCUUCUCAGAUGAAGUUGAACUUAUAUCAGAAUCUCAGGCUGGAUUUAGAAAAAGGUUUUUCAACUACCGAUAA